AUGUGGCCGGUGAUCGUCCAGUUCCUGCGUGUUAACCUGCCCUACAUCGCCCUGCCCUUCGCUGCAAUGGUUGGCUUCGUCGGUUUCAGCAUGGAGUCUCGUCUGCGUAGCAGUGAACGCCUCUCCAGUGCCGACGCAUUGCCCAAGAAAACUUUCAAGCAAGCUCGCCUUGAAAGACGCCUGGACGAAGGCGUAGAAGAGGUCCCAGAUUGGGAGAAGGCCUCAAACACGCCCACCCUAGAAUAUCGCGCUUCCCCCAUGUUCGACAAGAACAAGUAG